AUGAAAAGACCUGUGUUCACCAGCUUUACCAUCAUCCUGCUAAUAGGAUAUAGCUGGGCUGAAAAUGUUUUGGACUCAGGGCCUGUAUAUAGCAGCACAGGGGACGAGGUGCAGUUCAACACCAUCUUUAUUCCUCCCCUGCUGGAAUUUAUGAGCAUCAGCUGGAGCAUUGGGGGCAUGAACGUCAUAACAUGGUCCCCUCCAGCCCCUGACAUUGUGGGUUCAGAAUAUAAAGGCAGAGUGACUCUGAAUAAAACCACUGGGGAUCUGACAUUACAAAAGUUAAAGCUGACUGACUCUGGAGUGUAUUCUUUGACUCUAGUACCAGCAGAUGGGUCACAAUCACUGUAUGGAAGGACUGUAUUAGAGGUGUUUGAUCCAGUGACUAAUGUAUCGAUCACGGGUCCGAACAUCACUCUUGUGGAGGGUAAAACCUCAGCUAAAUUCAGCUGUGAUGGAAAAGGUAGCAUCACUACUACUGAGUGGUUGAAGGAUGGACAACGUCUAUCUGAAAGCGACCGCAUCAUCUUCUCAGCUGAUAACAGAUCAGUGUCGAUCAAUCCAGUGAGCAGAUCAGACAGUGGGGAAUACAUUUGCAACCUCAGCAAUCCUAUCAUACAUGAUCAGGCUAAUUACAGCAUUACUGUAUUCUAUGGGCCUGAUGUGAAGAUACUUGGUGCAGAGAUAUUGGAUGAAGGCUCAGACAUCCUUUUGUACUGCUUAGUGUCGUCUGCACCUCCAGCUUCUCUCAUAUGGACAGUAAAUUAUAAGGAUGCUGGAACCUCAGCUUUAUACAUGCAAGAGAACAGCAGAUUGAGCCACAGUGGAAUCUAUACCUGCUCAGCAUCAAACAACAUCACUGGAGAAAUAAGAUCUGCAAAACACACCCUCACAGUACGAGGUACCUCUGUGCUGACUCCUGGAGAAAUAGCAGGCAUCGUAGUGGGAGUUAUAUUACUAGUGCUGUUGGCAGUUAGUAUGUUUUUCAACUUUCGAAACUUCAAAGGCUUCAGAGGAAAUGCACAAAUACAUAAUGAGGAUAAUAUGAAGAAUCAGGACAGACAGAUUCCCAAAAUACCCAAAGUGGAGGAGACUCCUAUGGAAAUAAUUGCCUUUAAAAAUCCAACUACAUAUCAAAACACAGAUGACAUUUACAUGUGUGAGGAUAAUGAGCCGGUGGAACAAAACGAAACCAAAGAUUUUCCCCCGGCCCUCUUCCGGGGGAGGGAGCGGUGCCUUCACUGUCUCCUGAAGAGUGAUCCUCUCCAACUCCGGGUCGCCCGACUCGGGACCGCUGAACCUCCGUUUGCCACGGGUAACGGGCUGAGCGGGCAGGGCGAGCUGCUGACGACCGGUUCGCAGGACGGCCUCGGCGAGAGGCAGACUGAGGAGCCGGCGUUGGUGGACCAGGGCAGCUCUCUUCCGUCAGGGCACGACCUAGGAGAACGCCUCAGUCUGCGUCGUGGAGCUGAACGACUCCCGGACUAG